AUGCCUGUCCAAAAUGCAGCAAGGUGUUUACAAGACGUGAGAAUUUGGAUCGCCAUCACCGCGCUCAGCAUUCAUCAGGCCCUCGGCCUUUACGUUGUGAGACCUGCGAUGCGCCCUUCACCAGACGGUGUGUCUCUAAGAGGUCGUGAGCUGUUAUUGAUGACUGACAGACAGCAUAGAGAUGUGCUGAAACGACAUGUGCAGCGAUGUACACGGAGUGCAACUACUCGGUCAAGGCGGCUUCAGUCAGUGCCUUCUCCCGUCAGCCCAAACAAACUAGGCGCAGAACCAGAAUCGGAAGCACCAGAUUGUUCUCCUGGAACACAGGCUGAGAUACACAUCACCGGAGACUUGACACAGAACGAUGCCGAAACCAGCUCCAACAGCGCCUUCCAGCAUGCAACACCGGCGGUUGAAUGUCUUCCCUCACCAAUGGCUUCUGUGGAGGACCCUUUGUCUGCGUCUACCGAUGCUGUAGCAAUACUUGUCUACCGCUAUGGUGUCAGUCUCAGCACAGCAACGGCAGCUACCGCUGCGUACUUUGUGCACAUUCACCCUAGCCUUCCUAUUGUACACCCUCCAACGUUCUCCUUGGUGACGACUCCCACUUCCCUAGCAUCGAUAAUCGUCGCCAUUGGGAUCAUGUAUAGCCCACAGGCGUCACAACUUCGCGCGACCAGUGAUCGCAUGUGGCAAAAUGGCCUUGAGGAGCUCGAAGCGUUGGUGAAAGAGCAAUCCAUGUUCUACAAGUCUCCAUGGACCUUACAGUCAUGGAUACUUCACAUCGUAUACGCAUUCUACUUCAACGAUGUUUCAGUACCCGCAACGUGCUGGGCAAAACACCAAAGCCUCAUUCGACAUCUUCGCUCCUGCUGUUUGAUGAACGAGCAACUGACUUUGCUCGGCAAUGACAUCCAGCCGUGGCUUACAAAUAUAACCCAGUCACUGCUAUGGACUUCGGAGGAGGUCUCCAUGGCCUGGCACGCCUUCGUGCUACAUGAGACGUAUCGACAUUGCGUCUUUGCCGUGCUGUUUCUGGAUCACCAGAUGACAACGCCAUGCAACACCCGACCUUCCAUGUCGAAUGUUGAGGUUGGUUGGGAUCUGCCAAUGCCGAUCGCCCUCUGGGAUGCUUCGUCUGCGGAAGAGUGGUUCACUCGAUCACAGGAGCAUGUUCAGCGAGGAAUACUGUCCGACCCCUUGGAUUCCAGCUCCAUGCUGUCAUUGGCUAGAGCAACACAACUGCUUCUGAGUGCUUCGCCUCCGCCGUUUGUACUGGAGCGCUUGUCAAGUUCCCCAUUUGCGGCUGCGUGUAUGCUUGUGAGCCUGGAGUCUCUCGUUCGAGACUUUACGACAUGUUGCUACCGAAUGCCUCCUGUCUUGCCGGACCCGUCAGCCUAUCAUGUACUUUCGCCCGAACAGAAUCGGGCCAUCAACGCUGCCGUCAAUACUAUGCUAGGAAUUGUGGCCAAGAACAACGCCAUAUCGCCGCAGCUGAGAGGCUUCCUUCGCCUAAGCUGCUGGUUGACCCGGAUCCAGCUGUGCGAGCCAGAUGACCUCAUAGUAUCGGGCAUCGUCGACGACUCGCUUUUGGCCAGCCUCAGUACAUCGGCGCACUUGGUUCUGGGCAGCAGCGUCGCAUUACGAAGAGCUGUGGCUCCUGUGCGCCGACGGUUCGGCGAGGAUUGUUCCUUUCAGGCCUGGGAUGAAAUGUUGAAAGCACUCGGCGUCAUCACUGAAUCCGUGCAAGAUCGUAAAGCUUCACAAUCGCCAUGGAUGACGGUGCUUGCUUCACGGCUGCUUCUCAUGCUAUGGCGAACACUACGCCGAGCCAUUGGCGAGAUCGAACAGAGCAAGGCAGGCAGCGGCUCGCUUCUAGGCCAGCAGCAGGAAGGCCUCGGGCUCGCCAGUGUUCUGUCAUCUGUAAUCGUCGAGAGGAUCACACAAAUGCUCAAAGCCCAGCGUACGUCAGGAGCCCAAGAGCUAGAAGAUCACCAAACGAUAGAAAGAGCUUUUGUAAGGAAAAUCACUGAAAUCUUCUCUGGGAUCAAAACACCCGUGAGUGAUGCCAUAAGCAAGAUAUGGCGGGAAAUCGCGUCUCUGAUCGAUGGUGAUCAGAGCGAGCCAUUGUCCGGAGGAUUGGACGGGUGGAUGGCGUGA